CAGGAAGAAAUUCUUUACUGUGAGGGUGGUGAGACACUGGAACAGGCUGCCCAGCGAGGCAGUGAAUGCCCCUUCCCUGAGGCUUUCCAGGCCAGGCUGGAUGAGGCUUUGAUCAACCUGGUCUAGUGAGAGGAGUCCCUGCCUGUAGCGGGGGGUUGGAAGUAGAUGAUCUUAAAGGUCCCUUCCAACACAAACCACUCUAUGAUUCCAUGAUUCUUAAAGAAUAAUUCAUUGCUAUCAUUGUCCUGUCUGGGUAGCCCAUAGCAGACUCCUACAACAACAUCUCCAUUAUUUGCUUGUCCUUUAAUCCUUACCUAGAGGCUCCCAACCAUGCCAUCACCAGUUGCCAGCUCUGUACAGCCCAGCCACUUUCUCACACACAACCACCUCCUGACCUCACCUGCCCUGCUUGUCCCUGCUGAAGAACCCAGAACAGUACAUAGCAACACACCAGUCACAGGGCUUUGCCCACCAGUUUUCACUGAUGUCAGUGAUGCUGUAGCUCUGGGACUGAACCAAAGCUUCUGGCUUCUCUCACUUGCUCCUCGUGAUGGGUGCAUAGGUUUGAUAAUGUUUGAUAACAACAUUUCAAAGGUGCUUCACUGUAGCCAGCACCUCCUGAGCCUGACUGAAGGAUCUCUCUAGCACAUAGUCCUCAAAUUUUGUCGUGCCAUCCUGUAACUCAUCAGGUUCACCAUGUGAGCCUGGUUUUAUUCCUUUUCCCCACGGAAUCUGAUUUAAAGUUCUACUGAUCAGCCCAGGUAACUCUUGUACAAAAAUCCCAUGAGAAAAGUACAUCCCAUUAGAUGCCAGCAGGCCUGGUGUUGUGUAGACCAUCCCAUGAUCCAGAAACACAAAACUGUGUCAGUGAUACCAGCCUUGGAGCCACAUGCAGAUCAGCUGGGUCUGCCUGUUCCUGUCAGUAUUGCUUCCUGCUACCAGAAGGCUGUAAGAAAAUGCUGCUGCCACCUGACUGACAGGAAGCUUGAGCACACCCUGGGUGGUCAAGGUGGUUCCCCUUCGAGCUCAGUUUGGGUGGCUGCAACUGGAGGGGAUGCAGGGCUGACAGGGGGUACAGCUUUCUGCCAAGUGGGUGCCAUGACUACAGAAGAAAGCCUGUUUCUUCUCCAGGAUUGUGCAGCCAAAGUACUUCACAGCUGUUACUGAAUUCUCAAUUGCCCUUGAUGAAAUGAGAAUGUUUUUUGCUAGUAUCUGACAUAGGAAAGAAAACAAGGACUAACCACCUUUUUUCAAAAAGCAGACUGCCACAUCUGCAAGUACAAUUUACUCCAGUGGGAUGUGAAGAGCAAAGGAACUCAAUCUAAAGCCCAAGGGAAAGUAAAUCCUCUUACUAUUCUCUACACUUACAGCUGCUGCUGGGCCACACCUCAACAUCCAAGGAGGAUCGUGGAAGAUCUUCUAACUUAACUACAACAGGAAAUUGUGGCUGCAUUCAGUAGUAGUCCCACAUCUAAGGGGCAUCACAUUCUACAUUUGUGCUCCCUUAGGGGAUACGGCCCUCAAUGCUGAUUGUUGCACAGUACUGCAGCUUCUUCCUCCUCUACCCUCUAUGGCAUCAGGGAAAUUCAAUAGUUCUUGUAGAACUGGUAGGCCAAAGGUAUCUAAACAUCACAGUCUCUCCCUGUAAAAUCAACUGUACAACAUAAUAUCUUGACAGCUGUUGGACAGUAGUGGGAUCAAUUAGACCAGAUAAUGCUUUAGCUUUAGAUUAAAAGGUAGAUUACAGAAAGAUUACAGACAAAUACCUGCUUAGGGUAUUGUCCACCGAUCAUCCCUCUGUACAGUGUCCUGGGCAGGGUGCUGAGCCCAGAAUUAACCUCUCAGCAUUGACUCCAGAGCUGGGAACAUUCAGUGUGAGGGAUUGCUCCUCCCUGCUGCUCCCCAUGGAGCCUGCAGCCACAGGCAGCCACAGUGCCAUCAGACCCACAUCCCAUCAGAGUGCCGGUCCCUACACAGCUCCUAAUGCACGUGAGACACAGAAAAGAAAGGGCCUCUGAGCAGCUACCUGGCAGUUAACCACAGUACAAACAAAAAGGAAGGAAAUCCAGUUUUCCAUUAAAAAAAAGCUCUUGAGAACCAACAAAGAAAUGUUAAUUUCUGUCUUUUUUUGCCCAGGGCUCACUGGUAAAUUACUACUAAUACUGAAAGGUUUUCAACCACACAAUUGUUAGAGAUUUAGCCAUCUUACUUCCUGUCUUUAGCCACGGACGUAAUGCAAAGCUCCAAAGAAGCUGAAAAACAAAAACAAAGAGCAUUAAAGAAACCCAGAAACAAAACGCUGUCAAAUGAUUUUCGUAAUGUCUGGCAUAGCAACAGAAAGCCAAAAGUGCAUGACUUCCCCACAGUUCUGAGAUAUGACUGAAUUAAUUUUUGCUUUAUUUCAUUGCUAUGCCAUCUCAGAACUUCUGGACUGUAGUUUCAGUACAGCCUUCUUUAUAACACUUUAUAGGGACAACCAAGAAACACCUGUCCUCAAAUUACAUUAAACUUAAUUUGUCAUCUCAGCAUGACUGCCCUAGGCCUCCAAAUUACUAUAGGUGUCAACAGCCCUUCCAUUCAGAGCUGCCAGAGCAUUAAACACCCGUGACUGUUUCCAUUCUAGUCAAUCCAGAAUCAGUUGAUAACAGGGAUGCACUAGGCACGUGCCAGUUCCAUCGCCAUCAUCAUCAUUAUUUAUUAGAAUUAUUAUUUAUUGUUAUUUAGAGCAGUAGCAGGUAGACUCAGCAUUUUGUGGAGAUUUACUGGAAAGAAGCUGUUUGUUUGUCUAACAAAGUAUAGAAAACUGCCUUCAGGCCCAAGGAGGAAACUUCAGCCUUGAAGUGACCAUGCUACCACCAAAGUUGUUCUGCUUCUCCACACACUGCCAUUUCCCACCUCUCUUUCCAAAGAGACACUUUACAGAAAGCUGCCACGUAUGGGUCUGUCUCUUGUGGACGAACAUGCUGGCCAGCAGAAUUACAGAACAGAAUCAUAGAUCAUUAAGGUUGGAAAGACCUCUAAGAUCAUCAGUCCAACUGCCAAUCCAUCACAAGCAUGCCCACUAACCAUGUCUCUCAGUGUCACAUCUGCACAUCUCUUGAACUUGUCCAGGUCCGUUUCUAAUAGGCAGCUUUCCAGUCACUCUGCACCAAGCCUGUAACGAUGUAUGGGGUUGUUGUGAUCAAAGUACAAGACACAGCACUUGGUCCUGCUGAACAAUUGGCCUCAGUCCAUCAAUCCAGCCUAUUCAGAUCCCUCUGCAGGGCUUUCCUACCCUUAGGCAGAUCAACCUCCCUCCCAGCUUGGUCAGAUCAUCCAUAAAGAUAUUUAAGGAGAAACAGAAGGCACGAGUCAGACUGCCUCUUUCUCUGAAAGGGCAAACAAGGAUGCACCGGUGAUUUAAAAAAAUCAGAUUCCUUGACAACCACCAUAGAGAGGAAUAAAGGUUGAUUUCUGUACUUGCAGAGGGCUAGAGUUCCAGGAUAUGCCAGCAUUACACACCAUUGUAAAAACUCAAAGGUUUUACAAUACUAAAGGGAGUAUGAUUAUUUUGUUUGCAAGAGAGGCAUAGGACUGAUGCAAACAUAGCCUCAGAAGUCCUUCCCAGGAACCUUAUCAAGGAAACUCACUGUGGGCUUUAGCACAGAAUUAAACAAUGCCACCCUGGCCAUUGUGUUUCUUUUUGAUCUACAAUAGUCUUGGCCCUCAGCUUCCACCAGGAAACAGAAACAGGCUACUGGAUUCCUUACUGGACACUUCAUCACAUUUCUAGAGCUUGACCUCCAGCUGUAGAAAGACCCCCCCCCCUUAAACAUAAGCUAGCUGUGGGCUGCUGUUACCUCCCAUAUGGACUUGCUGCUGCUGUUCUGUUAGUGCCGAGCCCUGAACUCUGCGGCACCCACUCAGCACUGCGAAGAGUGCAAGAAUUCCCUAGAAUGGGAAAGGCAGUUAUUCAUGAUUUAGGGUUGGUCUUAUGUAAAGAUGCUACAUUAGCCAUUUCUAUUUUAGAACAGCUUUCCUAAUGAAAAUAAUAGAAUGCAUUAAGAAGUUGUGCAGUCUUCCUUGCUGUUAGUAUAACAAACAAGUUUGACAGAAGCGGGCUGACCUCUGCAGAGCUGAAUGGACUGGAUGCUUUGUGCCUGUCCUUCUAGGUUAUAUAUUUCUGCAGCUGCGUCACGUUUCCUCCGCGCUACGCUGCCUUUUAAGCACCGACGCCGCAGCAAAGAAAGGCGUUUCUCCACCGUCUGCGUUAUCAGCCACAUCCCUGCCUCUCCAGGCCCGCGCCCGGAGCGCCGCGCCGCCGCUUCCCGUCGCAGGGUGUGUGACUUUCGCGCAGUCCCGCUUACCCUGCGCAAGAGCCGACGGAGGAGCGACAGCCGCAGCCCGAGCCGCUUCCUCCACUUCCGAGCAGGCGCAGCGGCGGGGCGCGGCGAGACCUCCGCCGCCGGGCCGCGGGGCUCGGCAGGGGCCGGCGAGGCGGCAGGACGGAGCCCGCAGCCACGGUGCUAAGGGUACGUCUGAAUCACCAUGUAUCUCAAAAAGAAGUAAGCUCUGCAUGGACCUGAGCCCUCCUCCUUGAUUUCUGCACUAUCUGACACUUCCAGAUCCAGAAGCACUAGGGUACUUCGUUUCCUUUUUACUGCUAAGCCACGAAGCCUGCAAACAUGUCACUGGAUGACAUCCACAUGAGCACAGAGGAUUUGCUUGACAAACAACAAUUAGAUGCUGGAGGAUACGGAAAAAUUUCGUUAUGCCUUCACAAGACAUAUGGAUAUGUAGUAUUAAAAACAGUGUAUACAGGACCUCAGCGCACUGAAUGUAAUGCUUCCCUCCUUGAAGAAGGCAGGAUUAUGCGCAAUCUGCAGCAUGACCGUGUGGUAAAACUACUAGGUGUAAUUUUGGAAGAUGGAAACUACUCACUCGUGAUGGAGUAUGUGCACCGGGGCAACAUGAUGAAAGUGCUCCAAAAACUCCCAAUACCUUUGUCAGUGAAAGGGCGUUUCAUCCUGGAGAUCAUAGAAGGAAUGCUUUACCUACAUGAGCAAGGCUUAAUACACAAAGACCUAAAACCAGAAAACAUCCUUGUGGAUAAAGACUUCCACAUUAAGAUUGCAGAUCUUGGUGUUGCUUCCUUUAAGAACUGGAGCCGGCUGACCACAGAAGAGACCUGCCGACAGAAGAAAAUCAAGAGCACUUCCCAGAACAACGCUGGGACCCUUUUUUAUAUGGCCCCAGAGCACUUAGAUGAUGUUAAUGUAAAACCUGUGGAGAAAUCAGAUAUUUACAGCUUUGGCAUUGUAAUCUGGGCAAUUUUUGCUAACAAAGAGCCAUAUGAGAAUUGUAUAAAUGAAGCCCAUAUUUGCUUUGGAAUAAUUCGUGGAAACAGGCCGAACAUAGAAGAAAUCAUUGAGGAAUGUCCAAAGGAAAUUAUUGACUUAAUGAAACAAUGCUGGGAACAGAAGGCAGAGGAUCGGCCGACCUUCGCAGAAGUUAGUAAGAAGUACAAUCCCAUUUACUAUCAAAAUCUAGAAAAAAAUAUUGAAGACGAUCUGAAGAAAAUAGAAGAAAUGUGGCCAGAGUCAGAAGAAUUGCUGCAGAGGAUGAAAUCCCUUCAAAUUGAUGCUGCAGUGGUAGAUACCAGUAACGGCCAAAUAGAUCAACCUAAUUCUCUACACAGCUCUCAGGGUCAGAUUAAUGAAGCCUUGUUUGCUGCCUGCCCUGAGAACCAGCCUGUUGAGAGCUGUGAGACUUCGUUUACAUCCCCUGACAAUCUAGAAAGAAAACUUGAAUGUGAAUAUGACUACCAUGCAUUUGGCAGCCGGAUGGAUAAAUCAGUAGUUUCACCAUACACCCCAGAAAUGAGAGAGAGAGAAAGGAAACAAAAAGUUUCCAGUGAUCCAUUUGCAAAGCUGCCUUCUGUUUCUCAGUGGAGUGAACAUUACCACAAAGCUGAAAAUACAGGAUCAAACACUAACCCUUGGUUUUGGCCAAAACAAGCUGCAAUACCAAUACGAGGAAAUUUCAAUAAUUUUUAUGGGCCAAACGUUAACAGUCUCAUAACAGGAAACACAGAAAAUCUCUAUGAUCCUUGUUCAACUAGUGCCUUUAGCCUAAGCAAAACUCCCGUGCCGGAAUCUCGCCCAAACCUGGGGGCACAGAGCAGCAUAAACCAGCAACAAAAGAAUGCAGACAUGGAUACAGGUAUCAAGGUUUCUGCCUCUUUCACAAGGGGAACUUUCACAUAUUAUCCUCCUGCACCUCCAAUAACCAGAGAAGAUUCAAUCAUGUACAACAUAACUAACAGCUCCGGAAUUCAAAUUGGAUCCCACAAUCACAUGAAGAUUGAAGAGCAGAAUCAACACAUCAGCACUUCUCCUGUUGCUACAGAAGCAUCUUACUCAUACUAUGAAUCAACGGGUAUAUUUGACAAUAACACUGUCUUGACUGAGAAACAGCUGAAUCUAGUGAGAGAAAAGUUAGCUAAGCAGUGGAAGCACUGUGCCCGUAAACUAGGCUUCAGCAACUCUGAAAUUGAUGAAAUUGAUCACGACUAUGAACGAGAUGGGCUAAAAGAAAAAGUUUACCAAAUGCUGCAUAAGUGGGUAAUGAGGGAAGGCUCUAAAGGUGCUACAGUUGGAAAAAUUGCCAAAGCCCUCUUUGGCUGCCAAAGACUGGAUCUCCUUACUGGCUUGAUGCAAAUGAAUGAGGAAUAAAUUGACUGCAACUGGAGAGGGGAGGCACACAGGAUAUUUUUACCUGAAGACCUUCCAACAACAAAUAAUUCUGAACAGACUUUCUGGAGCUUUUUGCACACUUUUCCUCUUUGGAAUGGAUUUUUCUGCCAAGCAGUUUUCAGUGAAUACCUCCAGCAACUCAAAAAGUUUGUGUCAAAAUAAUGAGAUCUUCCAGAUGUUAAAAUUUGGUAUUUUCCUUCUGGGAGGGAAAAUUAAAAACAAAGAUUUUCCAAACAUUAGACAAAGGCAUUAAUAAUACUGAUUCAAGGAAAUUAAGUUAUACAGAAUUCGUAGUCUGUCUUUAAAUAUGAUGAACUAAACUCUUAUUUAGCUCUGAACAGAAAGUAUGUCAUUUCAGCAAUACUAAUGGAUCAGUACAAAUAUGAAAGACUGGCUCACUUUUGAAAGACUUGGACAGAAAGCAAAAUCAACCCUUAAAUCUUGCCAAUACUUACAAGGCUACUACUAUCCCAGACUGCUCUAAGUUAAUGUGCUAUUAUUUUUAUAUCUUUUUAUAAUGUUCAUUAUAUAUCUAUAACUCUGCUGAAUAGAAGUGUGAAUAAAAGCAAGAAUGAUUUUUUUUUUUGGUUGAAAAAGUGUGUAACUGAUAAAAUAAUCUUCUUUCAUAGGUUAACAUUGCAUUAGAUUUUAUGCUGCUUGGUAGAGAAGAUUUUACAUGAGUAAUCUCUGCUCUGCUUUAUAACACAGGAAAAACAAUCAUUAUGCAAUCCAAAAUAAAGACUUGGGAAAAAUAAGAGCUUUGGGAAGGGGAAAGUGCUUUAUUAUUACAGGACAGAAGACCCAUUCUGCUCACUAUGUGACUAAGAGUAUUACUAGUUACUAAAACUCCUAGGCUGCAUUUAUACUAGUUAAUUAAAAUGCACUUGGGAACAUUCCAGGAUGCUGAGGCCAGCUGGCAAAGAGUAGCUUGCUGACAAGGUAACAAAUUCAUUUAACCUUGAAAUAUUAAAGCAAGGAUUGUCUCACCACAUUUAAGUUGUACUGGGGAACGUUGGAAGAGCUCUGUAGCAUAGAUUUUGGUGUCCUAGUGCCUGGGAAUGGUCCUCAUCAUUCUUUAAUUUACAGGUACUGACGCAAUCAUAGAUCCUUCAUACUGAGAAAGAAGAAUUACUGAGCUGCAAGUUUUUAUGCACUAAAAUAAUCAUGCCACAUUCUUCCUAUGAAGAAUGAUACUUCUGCUCUGUUUAUUACAAGCCAAACAGAUUUUUCAGACCAGGUCUCUUAGCUGUAGAAAAAGCAGUAGGCAUUAAUUAGCUUCUAAUUGAUGCCAGAAAGUUAGCAAUUUAAUAGAAGCAUAGGAUUCAGCAGCCACCAUUUUAGUAGAGGUAAAAUUAAACUGGAAUCACAGCAAAUGCCAACAUAUUUUUCAGCUUUAGAAGUAUUUAGCGUAGGUUAUAGUGAAAGGGGGUCCCCAAAAUGAGGACUUCAGCAGAAAUUAUAACACAGAUUGUGUCAUCCACCCAGCUACUGGAGGACCUGCAUAACUUUUGUUCACAUACGCUAAAACCCACGCGUCUUUUUCCUGCUAUUAGUCCACAGAGUGUUAAUACCAGCACCUACUGUGUUACUUCAUGAAACAAAUCUAAAAACACCCAUGUACUCAAAGCAUUGAUUUCACUGCAGUGAAAGGAGGAAAGAAGGAGAGCUACAGAAAGUCUUUCAGGAUACUGUUGACAGAACUCAAUCACAGAGUCCUGGGCAGAGUACAAGGCAUUAUAAGCUCUUAGGUAUUGAAAAACCACAAAAUAGCACCCAAUGGCUGGAAGCUGCAGCCAAACAUGCUGAAAUGUGAAUUAAUACAUAUUUAAUAAACUGGAUAAUUAACUACUGGCAUAGACUAGCUAGGGAAUUUGUGAAUCUUCUUGAUGCCUUUAAACUAGUACCAGACAUCUUUCUUUAGACACAGAUAGUAAGAAAUAAACUUAGAGGUCUCAGUGCAAGGUUAAACAGGUGAAAGGUAAGAAGGAUUUACAAGAGGCCCAAGGAAACAAAUUAGCUCCAUCCCCAGACUGAAAUGCAAGGAAUUUUUGAGCUAUAGCAGAAGGACCAAUUUAGGAUUAUGUUCCUUGCAAUAAUUUGUAUUUCCUUUCUCUUUCAUUGUAGGCAGCCUGUCUAGGAGCCUUUUUAGCAGAGACAAAGUAAGAACUGUUUAAUAGCACACCGUUGUUGAAGUGCAGCCUCCAUCCUGUAGCUACAGUAAUUGUUACAAAGAAGCCAAUGUGCUGAAAUUCUUAAAUGCCCCGAGGAUUACAGUCAAUGUAUUCACAGCAAUUCAGUUAAUUUUGUUACUAUAUGUUCAUUAACAGCACACAAACAGCUAAGCAUCUCCAGCAAUCUUUACUACUUCUAAAAUAGCUGCUAAAUAAUAGUACAAAAUGAAAAACUCAGAGAAGACACUGUUGUAAAUGUUUGAUAUAUGGACUUAACCUGGACUGACAACACUUGGCUCCCUCUUCCUGCAGCCACUUUGCCCAACAGAGGCAAUACUAGUGAACUUGGCCCCUGAACAAGCGGCUUUAAAUCAGCUCUGUUUUUAUCUGCACUAACUUUUUUAUCAUUAUACUACAACAAAGACCUUAAUUCAGCCUUGGAGGCACGUGAAAAAGAGAGUAAGAAUCUUCACUUUUCUGAAAAAUGCCCAGAUAUGUACAUGGCCAAAUGGAUCUACAAAUAAAGUAGGAAAGAUCAUCCAAUACAAGCAGAGCCAACUGCUAACCCUCUAGCACUACAGAGGGCUUUCUUCCCUAGCUUCUAGUACCCUCUAGGCAUCUGUUCUGCUCACAAAGAAGCAAGAUUGCUACUGACAGGUUCUUGGCAAUACCAAAAAAUUCGCAGAUAGGCCAAUAGUCACCUACAGAAAGAACUGAACUCACCCACCUGGUGAAAGGAGAUCUCUGGCUACAUAGCACUCCUUCUAAGGAAGCAGCCUAGGUCCAGGAGAUGCUCUCCCUUCCGUGGCUAGCCUUUAUCUGAGUCUAGGGUGGCUCCACCUUCAGUCCACCCCUCUGGUCACAUGGCCAACAACACUCCAUCAGCAGGUGUUCAAUCAACCACCAGUUCAAGCCCUGCCCUACCGGUUCCCUGUCAAGUGGCUCAGCUUGGCCCAGCCCCAGAUGUGCACACAUUGCUCAGCAACAAUCAAACCAUCGGUUGCAAUCAGUGCUGUUAUGGGCUGGAAAACUGGGAGGGUGCAGUGCAGUGCUGACUCUCCCUCUUGCUCUCAUCACAGACACUCAAUCACAUCCAACCCCAUAUGUAUUACACGUGGCAUGUGCUUGUGCCACUUGGUGAGAAAAACGCAGCGAUCACUGAUAUUCAUAUUUCAACAUAUCUACAGAAUCUUUGAGAAAAAAAAAAAACAGACUCUUAUAAAAGUUAGUUACGCAGCAGCAAUUCUGACUGCAAAAAAUCAGCCAUUUACUGAUGGUGAGUUUAUUAAGCAAUGUAUGGAAAGCAAGACAGAUAUAAUGCAUCCUGAUUUAAAAAAAAAAAAAAAAAGGAUAUUUCUAUGAUCAGUUUGUCUCAUCAGACUGUAGCCAGGUGAACUGAAGAAAGAGGAGCAUCUAUCAAAAGAAAUUUGGAGAAUGAAGCUGCUAAUUUCAAACGUUAUGCUUUGGUGAUAAAGUACUGAUGCUACAGAUACGGCUCCACUUCCAUUUUCAUUAGAGGUACUGAUGACUAAUAUAAUGUCACUGAAGAAAUUGCUUCUUUGUUGUCAUUAAAAGACACAACUAGGUCUCUUGAUCUGUAUGAAACAGUAAAAACUACAUUAAAGUAAUUUUCUUUAACUUUUGUCAACAUAUCUGGUAUAGCUACUGAUGGUGCCCUGGCAAUGGUCGGUAAAAAAGAGGGACUUGUAAUAUUAACAGAAGACAAUGCAGUUACCACCAGCAACUCACAACUGAUGAAAUAUCACUGCAUCACACAUCAAGAAAACUUAAGUGUGAAAGCUUUCAACGUGGAUAAUGUCGUGUAAAUCAUUAAAGCUGUAACUUUCACAAAGGCAAUCAUUCAAUCCAUUGGACAAUACCAGGAGUUCCUUAAAGUCUGGAUGCUACUUAUGGGGACAUCAUUUACUUUUCUGAAGGAAGGUGGCUAAAUCGGGGGUAAAAUACUACAAAGAUUUUAUGAUUUGCUAAAUGAAAUCACGUCCUGUAAGGAAUCAAAAGGAAAACUUGAGCCAGAACUCAAAGAUUAAAAAUGGCUCACAGAUUUAGAGUUUUUGGUGGAUUUGGCUGCUCAUUUAAAUGAGUUAAAUACGCACCUUCAAGGCAAAAAUCAAUUUAUCUGUGUUGUAUUUCAAACCAUAACAGCAUUUGAAAUGAAACUUAAAUUAUGGCAAGCUCAAGUUAUGACUUUAAUACGUUUUGACGUGUUGGCUAAACAAGGUCCUGUGAACAGCAGAAAAGAUGCAACCUUGUUUUUUAUUUUGAUUUAAAAAAAAAUUGAGAAUAGGCUUCAAGAUUUCCAAAAGAUAUCAUCAAUUGUUUUGUAUAUUUGCAGCUCCAUUUUCAGUCAACAUGAAUACAAUACCUGCAAGUUUUCAAACAGGAUGUAUAAAGCUGAAAUCAGACAUCCAACACAAAGAAACUUUUGAUCAUGUCUCUCUCUAAACUUUUAUAAGACAGUCUUAGCAGAGAGAAAUAUCCCUCACUUCACAUCCACACCUCAUUCACGUUGUCACUUUUGGCAGCACAUACAUUUGUAAACAAGUGGUUUCAAGGAUGAAGUACAAGAGCAACAUUUCUACAAAAAUCUCUGAUGAACACCUGGAGAGCUCACUAAGAAUUGCAACCACUUCCAUUGAACCAGACAAUGAAGCAUUAAUUUCACAAAAACAAGGUCAAAUAUCCCACUUGCUUUAUGUUUUUG